AUGACACUUUCAGCAUUCCUUUCUCGAUUCACCAGCCGCACACCAGCUCCCAGGCGCCUCCAGCCGUACUCGACACAAAUGCACACGUCCUCUUCCAGCGCCACAAAACCACAGCAAAAGCCCAAGAGCUCGCCGCAGCAAGAGAACAUUGGCAUACUACGAGCCUACGGAAAACCUGUUUCCACCAUUUUCCUGUGGAGCGCACUCACGUAUAUGACGCUGCAAGCCGUAUGGAGCAAGCUCUAUUCCGACGAAAUGCGUCUCGAGACCGAAACCAAGAUGGAAGAGAUCAAGGCUGAGCUUGAGCGGUUGGAAUAA